GAAGGUGAAUCGAUGUUCAUUCAACAAUUUCAUAUAAGAGUCUAAAGAUUGUGUUAAACAGUUCAAAUCAAGGUGCGGCCAUCAUAUCUUCCUCGUUAUCUUGGUUCAAAAUUCGCCUGCCUUGACGUUAUCGUUCACGGUUCACUCGACAUUAUGUAGCUGUGCAUCAGUACAUUGGCCAUCAGUACAUUGCUGAAAUCACCCGCUCAAACAAUGGGCCGGAAUACUGUGACAUAGGGAAAUGGUGGGCAUCGCAUUAAACCCAAUCAGUGUCUAAUUUAGCAUCCAAUGCCAUGAUCUCAUCCGGCUUCAAGUUAUCAAUUGCAAAACAUUUGAUUCCAUAUGCUUCAAAGUCUUGAAUCAAGCUCAGAGGAAGCUCAUUCUCAGGAAAGCAGUGAGGAAUCUUUCGAUCUCGGAGAGGGCUUGGGUGAGGGAAGCGGACAUCAGAUCGAGUUCGAAAAAGACAUUGUCUCAAGUUGGGUAAAUUUCGAAAAAGGCCCUCCUCGCGUGAUGUAGUUGAAGGGUUGGAGCGUUUUCCUUUGGGAGCAUGCUCGAAGAAGUGGAGCCAUGAACUAAGGGUGUACUCAAUAGGAAAUACCAGGGUUCGUGCAUGUCGAAGUAUUGGCCAACAGAACCAGCCUUCAUAUGC